GCUGGGAGUCUGGGCUGCUGCCCUGCGUGAGUCCUCCCGCAGCUUUCCCUGCUGUCCGCCCCUCUCGGCUUCGCGAUGCCGGUGGACCUCAGCAAGUGGUCCGGGCCUUUGAGCCUGCAGGAAGUGGACGAGGGGCCGCAGCACCCGCUGCAGGUCAAAUACGGCGGGGCGGAGGUUGACGAGCUGGGCAAAGUGCUGACACCCACCCAGGUUAAGAACCGGCCCACCAGCAUUGCAUGGGAUGGCCUUGAUCCAGGUAAAUUGUAUACCUUGGUCCUGACAGACCCGGAUGCUCCCAGCAGGAAGGACCCCAAAUACAGGGAAUGGCACCGUUUCCUGGUGGUCAACAUGAAGGGCAACGACAUCAGCAGUGGCACGGUCCUCUCCGAUUAUGUGAGCUCUGGGCCUCCCAAGGGCACAGGCCUUCACCGCUACAUCUGGCUGGUUUACGAGCAGGACAGGCCACUGAAGUGUGAUGAGCCCAUUCUCAGCAACCGAUCUGGAGACCACAGUGGCAGAUUCAAGGUGGCGAAUUUCCGCAGAAGGUACGAGCUCGGGGCUCCGGGGGCCGGCACGUGUUACCAGGCCGAAUGGGAUGACUAUGUGCCCAAGCUCUACGAGCAGCUGUCUGGGAAGUAGAGGAAAGCCAGGAGA